UUUCUGCUCUCCAGGCGUGGCUUCAUCAUGGGUGUGUGGAACUCUCACACUUCAGUGGGAAACAUCCUGGGCUCCCUCAUCGCUGGAGCCUUCGUGGCCUCGUCCUGGGGAAUGUCCUUCAUUGUCCCUGGAAUCAUCAUUGCCUCCACUGGGAUCCUGUGCUUCUUCUUCCUGAUAGAGAGACCUGAAGAUGUUGACUGCACUCCUCCCCAGCACCAUCAGAAUCAGGAGGCAGAGCCGCCCCUCCAGAACUGUUCCACCAGUGACAAACGUUCCACCACUGAUGCUGAAAACACCGUUGAGGACCAUACUGAGGCCAUCAGCUUCUGUGGAGCUCUGUGCAUACCUGGCGUGGUGGAGUUCUCCCUCUGUCUGCUCUUCGCCAAGCUGGUCAGCUACACCUUCCUCUACUGGCUCCCCCUUUACAUCGCAAAUGUUGCACAUUUUGAGGCAAAGCAGGCAGGCGACAUGUCCACGCUGUUUGAUGUCGGAGGGAUUGUGGGCGGUAUCACGGCCGGGCUGGUGUCGGAUUACUCUGGUGGCAGAGCAUCAACGUGUUGUGUACAGAAGUGCCGUCUCCAAUUCCUGGUUGUACUGACUGAGGGACUGAUCCACCUCAGAAUUCCUUCCAAAUUUGGAAAUAAACUGGAGACUGCUGUCAGAGAGCCCAUCCAACAGGAGUCCAUCCAGGUGGAAGUCAUGCUAGAUAAGAACUUCAGCAGUAUCCUUGAACUGACCUGUACUUCCAUUGUGUCUUUCGUGCAACAGGGAACACAUGAGAGUCUGAGAGGAAACUCCAGGGCGCUGUCAACAGUCACAGCCAUUAUCGAUGGCACUGGCUCAAUAGGAGCAGCGUUGGGUCCUCUGUUAGCAGGACUGAUCUCCCCCACUGGCUGGAACAACGUCUUCUACAUGCUCAUCUCUGCUGAUGUGUUGGCCUGCCUGUUUUUGUCCAGACUGGUUUACAAGGAGGUUCAGGGCUGGUGCGGACGCUCCACACCCUUUGAAAGAUUGACAGAAAUCUGAAGUCCGUCGGGUAAAGCAGCCCAGGCCUCAUCAGGAUGGAUCGCCUUUGCCUCAUUCAUCUCUCUCUUCUUCAUCUUAUGUCUUUAUGGAGACAAAACUCUGUUUCUGGAAUAUUACUGAUCUGCUUUGAAUCUGCUUUGUCUCUGCUGAAGGAGCCAUGUGUCCUGUUCACUGAUGGACCUCAGAUCAGCAUCACUGUUGCCUCGUGGGUUCGAUUCCACUGCAUCCUG